GAGGCGGGGCCGGGGGCUGGCGGCCGCCGCCGGGCUCGGCGGGGCCCGGAUGCAGCGGCGGGGCCCGUAGCGGGGCAGCGGGGAGGGAGAGAGAGCGGCGGGGCCCCGGAGGUCCCCCGGAGGAACGGGGAGGGGGGAUUCUCCCCGCUUCUUCUCCGCCGGGAUGAGCAGCUCGCGGAACAACCGCGUGAUGGUGGAAGGCGUCGGCGCCCGGGUGGUGCGGGGCCCCGACUGGAAGUGGGGGAAGCAGGACGGCGGCGAGGGCCACGUGGGCACGGUGCGCAGCUUCGAGAGCCCCGAGGAGGUGGUGGUGGUGUGGGACAACGGCACGGCCGCCAACUACCGCUGCUCCGGGGCGUACGACCUCCGCAUCCUGGACAGCGCGCCCACCGGUAUCAAGCAUGAUGGGACUAUGUGUGAUACUUGUCGACAGCAGCCUAUCAUUGGCAUCCGAUGGAAAUGUGCAGAAUGCACAAAUUACGACUUGUGCACAGUUUGUUAUCACGGAGACAAACAUCACUUGAGGCAUCGUUUUUACAGAAUUACCACACCGGGAAGUGAAAGGGUAUUGCUGGAGUCUCGCCGUAAAUCAAAGAAAAUUACAGCAAGAGGAAUCUUUGCAGGUGCCAGGGUGGUACGAGGAGUUGACUGGCAAUGGGAAGAUCAAGACGGUGGCAAUGGCCGUAGGGGAAAGGUAACUGAAAUCCAAGAUUGGAGUGCGUCAAGUCCACAUAGUGCAGCAUACGUUCUUUGGGACAAUGGUGCUAAAAACCUUUACAGAGUUGGCUUUGAGGGCAUGUCUGACCUGAAAUGUGUCCAAGAUGCAAAAGGAGGCUCUUUCUACAGGGACCAUUGUCCUGUGUUAGGUGACAAAACUGGUAACAGAAAUCCUGGUGGGCUGCAGAUUGGUGACCUUGUAAACAUUGACCUUGAUUUGGAAAUUGUACAGUCUUUGCAGCAUGGUCACGGAGGAUGGACUGAUGGCAUGUUUGAAACCUUAACAACAACUGGAACAGUUUGUGGCAUUGAUGAGGAUCAUGACAUUGUAGUACAAUAUCCAAGUGGCAACAGGUGGACGUUUAAUCCAGCUGUUCUCACUAAAGCCAAUGUUGUCCGAAGUGGAGAUGCUGCUCAAGGUGCAGAAGGAGGCACCUCUCAAUUUCAAGUGGGUGACCUUGUUCAAGUCUGCUAUGACUUGGAGCGAAUCAAGCUUCUUCAAAGAGGUCAUGGAGAGUGGGCUGAAGCAAUGCUUCCUACUUUGGGUAAAGUUGGUCGUGUCCAGCAGAUCUAUUCAGAUAGUGACUUAAAGGUGGAGGUCUGUGGGACAUCGUGGACGUAUAAUCCAGCAGCUGUCUCAAAGGUGGCAUCAGCAGGAUCCGCUAUAAGUAAUGCAUCCGGUGAGAGAUUGUCCCAACUAUUGAAGAAACUGUUUGAAACCCAAGAAUCUGGAGAUCUCAAUGAAGAAUUGGUUAAAGCUGCUGCCAACGGAGAUGUUGCUAAAGUGGAAGAUCUGCUAAAGAGACCAGAUGUGGAUGUAAAUGGACAAUGUGCUGGACACACAGCUAUGCAAGCGGCUAGUCAGAAUGGCCACGUUGACAUUUUGAAGUUGCUUCUGAAACAGAAUGUGGAUGUAGAAGCAGAGGACAAAGAUGGAGACAGGGCUGUUCAUCACGCAGCCUUUGGUGACGAGGGUGCUGUGAUCGAGGUUUUGCACCGAGGCAGUGCGGAUUUGAAUGCUCGCAACAAACGGAGGCAGACUCCACUUCAUAUUGCUGUCAACAAAGGUCAUCUACAAGUUGUGAAGACUCUGUUGGACUUUGGCUGCCAUCCUAGUCUCCAGGAUUCUGAAGGCGACACUCCCCUUCACGACGCGAUAAGUAAGAAGCGGGAUGACAUCCUGGCCGUGCUGCUAGAGGCUGGAGCAGACGUUACCAUCACCAACAACAACGGGUUUAAUGCUCUGCACCAUGCCGCGCUGCGAGGAAACCCCAGUGCGAUGCGCGUAUUGCUGUCCAAGUUGCCGCGACCGUGGAUUGUUGAUGAGAAAAAAGAUGAUGGAUACACUGCCUUGCAUCUGGCAGCUCUCAAUAACCACGUGGAAGUGGCUGAACUUCUGGUGCAUCAGGGCAAUGCUAACCUGGAUAUCCAGAAUGUAAACCAGCAAACUGCUCUGCACCUUGCCGUUGAACGACAGCACACACAAAUUGUUAGGCUCUUAGUCCGUGCAGGUGCUAAGCUGGAUAUUCAGGAUAAAGAUGGGGAUACUCCCCUGCAUGAAGCCCUGAGGCACCACACCCUCUCACAGCUCCGCCAACUCCAAGACAUGCAAGAUGUGGGCAAGGUAGAUACUGCUUGGGAGCCAUCAAAGAACACAUUAAUAAUGGGACUUGGCACUCAGGGAGCAGAGAAGAAGAGCGCAGCAUCCAUUGCCUGCUUCCUGGCAGCCAACGGAGCUGACCUCAGCAUCCGUAAUAAGAAGGGGCAGUCUCCUCUCGAUCUCUGCCCUGAUCCUAGCCUCUGCAAAGCACUGGCUAAAUGCCACAAAGAAAAAGUCAGUGGCCAGGUUGGUUCCCGAAGCCCGUCUAUGAUCAACAAUGACUCUGAAACCUUAGAAGAAUGUAUGGUGUGUUCAGACAUGAAGAGAGACACUCUGUUUGGCCCGUGUGGACAUAUUGCCACAUGUUCUCUGUGCUCACCACGGGUGAAAAAAUGCCUCAUCUGUAAAGAGCAAGUUCAGUCUAGGACAAAGAUUGAAGAAUGUGUGGUGUGUUCAGACAAAAAGGCAGCAGUGCUUUUCCAGCCUUGUGGUCAUAUGUGUGCUUGUGAGAAUUGUGCAAGCUUGAUGAAGAAAUGCGUACAAUGUCGGGCAGUGGUAGAGCGAAGAGUGCCUUUCAUAAUGUGCUGCGGAGGGAAAGGUACAGAAGAUACCACUGAUGAUAUUUCAAGUGGAAACAUUCCAGUUAUGCAGAAAGACAAAGACAACACUAAUGUCAAUGCAGAUGUACAGAAGCUGCAGCAACAGUUACAAGACAUCAAGGAACAGACCAUGUGUCCUGUCUGUUUGGACCGUCUGAAGAAUAUGAUCUUUCUCUGUGGCCAUGGAACAUGUCAGCUUUGUGGAGACCGAAUGAGCGAAUGCCCGAUAUGCCGCAAGGCAAUCGAACGAAGGAUCCUUUUGUAUUAAACAGUGGAACGAACCAGUGAUAGUUCAUGAAUAAUAAGGACAUCUGAAUGAUUUAAAUCUCUGCAAGUCUGAAAGGCAGUAAAAGGUUCUAAAGAAAACAUUUCUAAUACUGUAGCACAGGUUCAUUACAUGGUAAUUCUUUAAAGACUGUGAACACACCAAAUAAUAGAACAGUAUUUGAACAGUCAGCUUUUAACUUUACUCUUAAAACUAAGAUCUGAGCCUGAAGCUAAUUUACAGCAGUCUUUUUUUUAGUUUUCUUUCUGUUGUUUUCUUCCCCUUAAAGUGUAAAGGGACAAUCUUGUUUUGGUUUAUUUCAUGUUUUGUAAUGUAUGUAUAAGGUGUCAAGCAAUGUACUUUUUUGCCCCUUUUUUAAUAUAUUGUCAGUUAUUAUUGGAUAUAAAUAUGUAGUGCUUUUUGUUUAACGCUUUUCUGGAAAACGUUCAGAUUUCCUGUGACAGUUACGAUUCACAAGAAUUGUUAUCUUGAAAUACACAAUAACGCAAAGUCAUUACAAAGUGCGUAAACAGUAAUAAUAAAUAUUCUACUAUUUCACUAAGACCAGGCCUCAAAAUACAAUGUUAAGCUAAUUUGAACUUUAAUGUGCCCUUUCUGAGGAUGGGUUGGGAAAGAAACAGGAAAAAAGAAACAAGUAGUUUGGAGAUGUUGCAUUCCUCAAACUGCACUUUAGUGUAACAGGUUCAAGGUAAUGUAACUAGUGAACUUCUUGGGUCUGCUAGCCACACAGUUACAUAUGGAACUGCUUUUAACUUGGUUGGAUAGUAAAACAUAGGAGCAGUGGGUCAGUUGAUCUGUUUCAAAUGAGUGAAUUUGGUCAGUUGUGGGGGAACAAAUAUAUAUGUAGGGCCAUUUAAAUAUUCUGGGUCUACAAAUUAGAAAAAACAGAGAUGAAGUUUGCAAAAGUUAAUCUGUAAUGUUGUAUCUUACGAAGUAUGAAGCAAGCUACGUAUUAUUUUCCUCUCUUAAAUCAGUUGUGUUGUCUCCAGGCGAAGGGUAUCAAGAGCAAAAGCAAAGAUUUAAUACAGCUUAUUCAUCUGUGCUGGGUGUUAUACCAGAACAUUAGUGACAAACUAUUAAUAGGUAAUAUUGCAAUUCAGAAUAUUGCUGGAAGAGCAGUUAAUUUUGAGCCAUGCUUAGGUGAGCUGAAGUCAGCUGAGGGAGAUUGCUUUCACUGAUGUGACUGAGAUGUAUUCAUGGACCUGAAAGUAGUACUGUGAGGGCUUCAAACUUAACGUUUUGCUAACAAGUACCUUCUGUCUUUUUGGGUAGAAGAAAGUAUACUGAUUUAAAGGUUGCUUGCAGCUAACAGGAAUGUGGGCUUUACUCCUAAGAGAUUCAGCAGAUUAUUUAACAGAGUGCAGUUUAUGUAGCCCUUUGCCAUUGUGCUGGCUUUGUUUGAAUGCAGAACAAAGAAAUAUAACCUGGAGUCAUUCAGGUGCCUCCCUUGCAGCUAAGAUGAAUUUCUGAUUCCAUUCUGAUUGCAUAUGGCAAAAAUAUGGCAAAAGGGGUAGUUCAGGGGAAGAUUCAAAUAAGCAUAAAGAAUAAAACUGAUCUCUUUUUAAAUUAAUCUCAGUCUUUUGAUGACACAAUCAUUAUCUGGAAUCAACAUAACAUCCUGUUUAAUUUUGUAUACUAGUAGUCAUUUGUUCUUAAAUAAUCUAUGUAUUUGUCAUCUUGACCAAAUUGAAUAGCCCUCCCUUUUCUUGCUUUGGUCCCUGUUCUAAAAUACCAAGAUUUCAAGGAGCUUUGGAAAAUUUUUGAUAAAAGGCUUUUUUCACUUCAUUAUUUCACUAUCUCCACUUAGGCUCUGAUUGCACACAAGUGUUCAGUACUGGUUUUGUUUGGACAAUGUGUAUGUCACUAACACUGUUUGUUUUUUUUUUUGGUAGUGUUUGGCAAUUGAACUGUCUACAGUAGGCUUCAGCUUCUGUCAGUGUUCCUCCAAACAUGAUACGGUCAUAAGACAUGCCAUUUGUCCAUCCCUUCUGAGUUUUGUUCUGGAAUGCAUUGGAUCUGUACCUCAGUUUCCUCCAGUUCUGGCAGACACAUUUGGAAUAUUGUCUCUUAUUUAUCCUUUAAGGGAACCUCUCUAUAUGUUCAGCACAAAGGCAGGGUGGAUUUCUUCAUGAUAAUGCAGCUCAAAAUUGAAACCUCAAUAGCAGCUGACAUUUUCCUAAUUCUUUCUCACUGGAAGAAGUCAGAAUUACUUGAAAGUAGUUCAACUUCGUAUUAAAAAUUGAAUAAUUCACCUGAGCAAGAACUGAUCUAAAGCAUCCUGUGUGGAAAACUGGAGUUGAAUGUUAAACACUCGGGGUCUGUGGGAGGCAGAUAGUAGCAUGAGUAGGUAAGGCUGUUAGGCUUGUACUUUACGACAGAGAAGCUGUAAGUUACUUUAUAACACUCUUAAUAUGUGCAUGUUAUCACAGUCAUAUGGAUGUAGGCACAGUGACUGAAGGUAUCGCUGUAGGAGCAUUUCCAGGCUUCUGUGCUGCAGUCACGCCAGGUGUAUGUGACUGCAUAAAAGUUAGUAACUGGACCCAUUGGACGGUGUAGUGUGGCAGAUGAAAUUAAAAUAUCUCAAUGUUGGGGAUUUAACUCAAUUCUAUCAAGAUAUUAAGAGAAACAGCUCAAUUAGAAAAAAAAAACAAGGUAAACUAACUAACACACUUGCUUACUAACUACGCUACUUGCCUUUCAAAAGACUUCAGAAAAAUACUUGCAAAUCCAGUGUUACUUAGGACAGAUCUGUAGAUUCACACAUCAUCCUUGGAUUCUGACUGCCCAAGGUGACCUGGUGUUGCUGAGGCAGCUACCGAGCUCAUCCAGUCCCAUGAGUCUUGGCUCACCUGGGCAACGUGCACAGGGUGCAAAUGUUCAAUUGGGUAACGCUUAAACACGGAGGAUGAAAAACAGAAGCUUGAUUGGAAAGCCAAAGAGGAUCAUAGGUAGCAAACAGGAAAGUUGAGGGUAUGUCAUCGUGCAUCUGUCUUCAGCAGGAGAUGAAAGCAUAGAUCUCAUUAUUAUCGUUAAUAUUGGGGAGCAAAGUGAAAAUGAGAUGAAAAGUGCGUAAGGCAUUUGCCUCUGAUACACUAAAAUUUAAAGGUUGCAGGCUUUGUUUCUUAAGAUUGUCCCCUAAUAUUUAAUAGCAGUUUUGAAAUUAAAUCGGAUAUAAUAUCUCCACUUGUUUCCCAAGCAAAUCAAGAAGACACCUGAUAAUAAAUAUUGUUCAGAUGUGAGGUAUGUACGGAUGGUUACAGCAUUUUUUUCAAUUUAGUGAAAUACAUAAAUGGUCACAUGAGUGCACGGUGAUUUAAGGGUAUGGAGACAACCUAAAAGGCUAAUACAACAUGCUAAAUAGUUGUAGCUUGUUAACUUUUGUGUGGUUAUUGUUUUUUUCCCAACCUUCUGCAUAUCAUUUGCUGUACCCAAGCUCCUGUUGAACUGAUUUGGCACUUUUUUAGAAUUGGGGCUAUUGGUCCAUGCCUUGCAUUUGUUGAAAUACUCUCUGCUGGUAUGUUAAGAUUUGGAGGAAUCCGAUUUUCAGCAUACUGAAAAAUUAGGCAGGAGAAUAAAGAAGUUACUUUGUAAAUAAGAAAGAUGGAUUAGGAACUAUUGCUCUUAACUUGAAUUGAGUAAGGAUCUAGCAGAUUUGCACAAGUACUUGUGCCUUGUUAGCAUAGUCUUACAAUCAGUAUUUUAGCUUCUUCUAAAGACGUGAAAUGGUCUUUUAAAAUAAUAUAAGUCUUUAUCGUGUAGCUAUUUUCUAGAGAUGAAGUUUUAUGUAUGCGUACUUAUUUCUAGCAGUAUUGCAGUGUUGGUAAACACUACAUUGUUUGAAGAAGUUGCUUUGGGCUAGUGAUCUGUCUAAGCUUCUUCUGUAAUACUGCACAUUACGUGUCAGAAACUUAAUUUUACUCUUCCAGUAGCAGCUGAUGAACCGAAAAGCCUAUACUGUUCUUUGUGCUACGUAAGUUUUCACUUAAAAUAUCACUCCAUCCUAACUUUUAGUCAGGCUACCUCCUUUCUGUCAAAGUAUUGAAUUCUUUGCUGGUUAUUCUUUGUCUUUGGGAAAGGAUGGGGAACAUUUCAGUUUUAUUUUGCUUCAUCAGUUUCCAUGUCUGAAUUCAUUGCGAAUGGUUUUUACUGACUGUAUAAAUUACAUAUGACCGAGCUGUAUGAUUUGCCACAGUGUACAUUGUAUAUUAUUCUUGCAGAAGUUGCUGGAAUCCGUACUCUUGUCUUUUUAUGCAUUUCGUACCUUGUUUGUGCUGACAAAACAAAACUUAUCACAGAAGUUUUAGAAUUAAAAAAAAAAAAGUUUAGAGGUUUUAUAGCUGAGCCUGUGGUUAAAAACAAACAAAUAAAAAAAAAGUUCUGACUCAGGGCUUUUUAACAACUUAAAGAAAUUCACAAUAUUCUUCAGCACAGCGUGGGGAAUACUGUGGAUGCGGUGACUGUACAGUGCCUUGGUAGAACUAAGUGAUGGGCAGCAGCUGUCGAGUCCUUACAGAGUGCAAGUAUCUUUGGAGGAGUUUCUGUUCAUAGAACUGAAAUGCCCCUGCCAUGGAUUUAUAUGCUAGUACAUAUUUUCUGUAAAGGAAAUCGGCAAUAUUAGGUUUUGCUAAGCUUCCUGUGAGUUGUGUCAUUGUUGCACCAGUCCUGGGGCUCUGAAGGGCAUAGUGUACGAAUGUACAGAAGCAGCAUUUGUGGGAAAGAGAGCUGACAAAAUGUUCUGUAGGGGAUGUCUUUGGUGUCAAGGGAGAGGUUAUUGUAUAAACCAACGUGUAAAAAUGCCUGCUUUAUUCUGGCCCAGUAAGUUUUUUUUUGUUUUGUUUUUUUUUUUUUUCUUUUAAGAAAGAGAAUCAGCAACAAAUCUCUUAUGUUUGCAUGCCAUUUCAUGUUAUCAAAAAUGUCUCAUUUUAAGCUUCUAGGAAAUACUUUUUGUCCCAAGCCUCAUGUCUUCAGGAAUGCAAAUUAUUCGUAUUACAAAACAGGUUUCACUGAACCACAGGAACAUUUUUGCUUCUGUUAAAACCAACUUUGUAUUUUCAGUAAAUUGUAGCUUUUGACAUGACUGUUUAUUGGAGAAAUUUAAGGUUGUCUGUGUGAAUGUAGUGGGUUUCUGUAUGCAGAUAGCAUUAUAUAAUUGCUUUCAUUAAAACUGCUUAGCAAGGUCUAAGCUUUUCAAGAGAAAUGCUAAUGUACUGUAUGGUUAAUAAAACUUGUUAUAUAAGAUACA